UCAGAGUGGAACUGUGGAAGCUGAAAACAGUGAAAAGCAAUGAAGGCGGUGGUGGUGACAGCCCCCGGCGGGCCUGAGGUGCUCCAAGUAGAACAAGUAGACGACCCGCAAAUCAAAGACGAUGAGGUCCUCAUCAAAGUCGAGGCCACCGCGCUGAACCGAGCCGACACUUUCCAGAGAAGAGGACUCGACCCGCCUCCUCCGGGUUCCAGUCACUUCCUCGGCCUCGAAUGUUCUGGAACCAUCGAGGACGUCGGAAGACACGUGUCACGCUGGAAAGUCGGCGAUCAGGUGUGUGCUUUACUUAGCGGAGGAGGGUAUGCGGAGAAGGUGGCGGUUCCGGCGGGACAGGUUCUUCCUGUUCCUCCGGGAAUUUCUCUGAAAGAUGCUGCGUGUUUUCCGGAAGUGGCGUGUACUGUUUGGUCUACUGUUUUUAUGAUGAGCCGGUUGUCUUCCGGCGAAACACUUUUGGUUCAUGGGGGUUCAAGUGGAAUCGGCACGUUUGCAAUUCAAAUUGCUAAGUACCAGGGAGUGAGGGUAUUUGUUACAGCAGGUAGUGAGGAAAACUUAGCAGCUUGUAAGGAGCUUGGGGCUGAUGUAGGUAUCAAUUACAAGACAGAGGAUUUUGUAGCUCGUGUGAAGGAAGCAACCGGUGGCAAAGGUGUUGAUGUCAUCUUGGAUAGCAUUGGGCAAGCCUAUUUUAAACGUAACCUCGAUAGCUUAGCUUUUGAUGGGAGGCUUUUUGUCAUUGGAACCCUGAGUGGCUCCGUCUCAGAGAUAGAUCUUCGUGUGGUGCUUUCAAAGCGCCUCACCAUCCAGGCGGCUGGUCUGCGAUACAGAAGUCCAGAAAACAAAGCAGUGAUUGUUAGGGAGGUGGAGGAGAAUGUUUGGCCUGCAAUUGUGGCUGGCAAGGUGAAAACUGUUAUCUGCAAGCGUUUCCCAUUAUCUGAAGCCGCUGAGGCACACCAGCUAAUGGAAACUGGCCAACAUAUUGGAAAGAUACUGCUUUUUCCAUGAUGCUUUUUCACCUGAUGCACCCAGGUUCCAUGUUUGGGGUUGAUGCGAAUGUGGUUUAGCUAUGUUUAUGCUGUUACUCUUAAUAUAUCGGACAGUUUGUAAUUUCGUGCUUUAUUUUCACCCCAGACCUGUGACACUGUUUCAUCUCAGUAAUUCAGUAUGUAACGAUAGUAGUACUAAACUUUUGUGUUCUCGUC